UGAAUAUCAGCAAGACAAUUCUAGCAAGAAUCAGGAGAAUCUUAGUCAGAGGGCAUGGGGCUUCAUUCAACUAAGGACAGCCAGCUCCAGUCAGCUAUUCAUACCAUAAUAAGUCAUUAUGAUUUAACGUCAAAGUCCAAGAAAUAUUCAAAUCUAACUCCAGCCAAUUCCCAAAGAAUAACGAAGUCGGUUCUUGGUAAUAAGUUGAAGAAGGCUUCGUUGUUAGAAUUGGUGGGCAAAAAGGAUUACUACACUCAAAAAGUGCAUAAACUAUUGAACGAAAGUAUUCAGGGACCUUCGAGAGAUUCAAGUAUUGAUUCUACUGAGCCAGGCUCUUCAGGAGAUUUAUCUACCCGAACAUCGCGUACGAAUACCAUACAAUCGGAUACUCGUCAGGGGACUUUAGACCCAAAGUAUAUAACGAACCGGUACCUUGCCGAAAAGUAUAUUCGUACCGUCGUUUUGACUGAUCAAUCAAAAGUGAAUGGAUUGAAGGAGUUAAUUGAAAAACAUCAUCAAUAUCAAAAGAAGAUGAAGCAGCAACGAGAAAUCAUUAUCGAGAAGUUUAAUUUUGAAAAAAAUCAGCUUUUAAGCAAAAGACAAAGCGGAUUAAGUAAAUUGAAUAGUACUAACGAGUUAAUUGAUGGGAAGAAGUUGGAAAAUCUUACGGCAUUACUAAAUGACGAGUUAAACAAAUUCAAUGACCUUAUGAUCUUUGAGUUAAAGAAAUUGAGUCAAGAUAGUGAAAAUUUGCUAUACAAUUAUCAGAUUCCCUUUUUCUGCAUAAAUGAGCAUUAUAAGUAUCCUGAUUUAAAUGAUGAUAAGGUUUACGUUUUAGAUUUACUUGGUGACUUAUUAGAUAGAAAGUCUACAACUUGA